UAGAAAUACUUCAACAAAAACUUUAGAAGAAUACGCGAUGGAGAAUGCACAACUUAAAUCUGUCAUAGAUAAUUUGACUAAACGGAUGAUGACUUAUGAAAAGGCUGCCGAAGAGAAUAGUAUGUUAAAAAGUAGCAUUUUGCAAUUUAAAAAUGAUUUACAAAAACAGGCCAAACGGAUCAAAGUUAGUCAAGAAAUGCUGCGGUCGUCUUAUGUAGCAAAACAGGUUUCGCCUGAAAGUUCAACCGUUGCUAGCGCGCAGUCUCUUCAAAAACGUAUCAAAGAGUUAGAAGAAGAACUUCAACUCACGAAAGCUGAAUGUGAAAAACAGAAAAGUCUUGCGGCAAAAUAUAAGGACCGCUUGAAUAAGAUAAAAGAUAACGCAAGAAGCAAGAGACAGGGUGGACAACAAAACGAGAGUAAAUCGAAUGAUUCAUCGGCACUUCCUGACAACCUUAUAGAUUUAGUAGAACAAAAAGAUAAGGAGAAAUUUGAGGUGCUUCAAAAGAAAGAAGAAGAAAAACUGGAUCUUGUUCGAACAUUAGAAGCGGAGAAAUUAGCCCUUGUACAACAACUUAUUGAAUUGAAAGAAAAGGAAAGAGAGAGCUCAUGA